UAAGAACCGUCCCAGCCGUAACAGUAUCUGGGGAAUCAACGCAAGGAACCGCAUCGUGUGUGAAGCAUUGGCUGCUCCCAAAAUAAACGCCACAAUAAAUGCACAGACCCAAGGAGCGUAUCUCCUGUAUGUAUCCAGCAUCUUUUGCCAACUGUCUCCUUCCAGAAUAUCACCCAGGAUUCCAGGCGAGAGUGUCGAUUACAGCAAAUUCCAAGGAAAACCUCACUAUGAGCUGCGCAGACCAUAAGGACUACCACAAUGAAGAGUUUGAUCCCUGUUGUCUCUUUGACACGUACGUCGGGGAUGAUAAGACCAUUUCUAAGAAGGAGCUGUUGGAAGGUCCCCUGAGAUUUCUCUAUAAAUUAUUCUCCUCAGGUUCUGUGAAGGGAGAAACACUGAUAAAUAUUUCCAUUGGCGCCGACGUGUCUAAAAACUUUGUCGCCGCCGAUUUCUUCAAAAAUAUCAUAUUGCUGGAAUCUUCAGACUGCUGUAUGAAAGCCAUAGAGAGCUGGAUCCGAAACGAGCCCGGAGCUGAGGAUCAAUCCCACGCCGCAGAGUUUGUUUGCUCACUUAUAGGGCAAAGUACUGGGUAUAAGGAGCAAGAGGAAAAGGCCAGAAGGGCAAUCAAACAAGUGGUAAAAUGGGACAUCACCAAGGAGAACCCACUGGGUGCAGUUGUGUUACCCCAAGCAGAUUGUAUAGUCAUUGUUUAUCACUUGGAGGCCAUUUGCAAAGAUAACGAUAUGUAUAUUAACGUUCUAAAGAAAUUGUUAUCCCAUCUGAAGAUUGGAGGUCACCUGGUCAUGAUGGCAGGGAUCAACAUGUCUUAUUACAUGGUCGGCCAAUACAAGUUUGCUGCACUAAACCACAAUGAAGAGUUAAUGCAAAAGGCUGUGACCGAAGCCGGUUGCACCGUUGUGAGCACUGAAACUCACAGAGGGAAAUUUAAAUCCCCUUUGAUCGAUUAUGAAUCAGUUGCCUACUUUGUGUGCCGUAAAGACCGAGUGGUUUAACAGGUCAGAUUCACCCUUAAUUUCAAAAAUAAUUCUAACAUCAAUAUUGCAUUAAAUUUGAAUGAUUACAUCUACUCUUAGAUUAGUGCUGCUUAUAUAUAAAAUAUUUCCCAAUCUCAUGGUCUCAAUGGUGAUACCAUCAUCAAAAUAGAAAAAAAUCAUUGUGCUUGAAAACAGUGGGCAAUAUUCUAUGAAUUUGUGUCGCUUUGAAAAGAAAAAAAGUAAUGGUUGAAAUUGUGCUUCUAUAGGGACGUUUACUUCCUGUUACACAAGGAAGUUUCUCUACUUCCUGUCUGAAAAAAUGCAACACUUCCUUUUUGUUCUAUGGCAAGGAUUCCUGCUCAUAAGUAGCUUCUUCUGAUGUGUGGUGUGAUUGAUCAGAUUGACAGAUAUCAUUUAUUGAACAAAAAUAAACCAAUCAGAAGGCUUAUUGUUUCUGCUGUGUAAUCUUUAUUAGAGCCUUUAGUGCUAUAUAUAUAUAUAGUGAUAUCGAUUUACUGGUUUGAUACAUCCCUAAGGCAUUUUCUUAACACUCCAUAUGAAAAAGCAAUAUUAGAGAGAAGGCUCAUACUCUGUACCGUUGAUGUGACAGAUCUAUGUACCUCCAUUCCAGGGGUUCUGAGUGUAUGAGAGAAUGAUUAAGUGCAUUUUAAGUUGAUUCCAAAUAAAUAAAUUGAUAUUAUAACAGAAUAACAGACUAGGGCAGGGCCAGAUCUAAGUAGGAGAGGCAGCUGCAAGUUGAGGAAAGAGAGUGGCCAGAGGGUGAGCAUCCAACAGGGGUUUGGGAGCCACCAGUUGAGUCAAGGACAGUAAGGCAGGGUAGGAGAUAUUAAGUGGAUGGUGCUGGGCCAAUAAGUAUUGCCUUGGUUUCAAAUACUAAUAGUUCUGCAGAUAAGGAUUGCAAAAAUUGACUUUAAAAUGAGACUCAGACUCAGAAAGAGGCUUAUCCAUGUGAACUCUGAUCACAUAGACUUUUUGAACACACCCACCUUAGUGCCAUUGCUCGGUCCUGUUUAAUUCCCCCAGUAAAGUCCAUAACCCAACAUGGACUGGCAGUGAGGGGUCUUCGGAACCUGGCCUCUCUGAGGAGUUCCUUCUAAUAUUCUCCCCAAAACUUGAGAAUAGUUAUAUUUUUAGAUUAGGAGCAAGAUCAUUAUGCAACCACCUCAUUAUGAGGUGUUCAAAAUAUCGAAAUGCUGGGAGGUGUCCAAAUUUCUAAAUGCUUUUCUACACCAUGAAUAAAGACACCAUUAUGGCACUUUGGUGAGGACUUAACUUCUACUUUGCUUUUUGGCUACCAAGUUGGGAAAUGGCUGUACGUCCAGAAGUUGCACCAACACAAUUGGUUGACCUUCUCUACAUUGUCUUUAGACUUUACCUCCACAUAGAGGAUCACAUCAAUAGUCUUAUAAGACAUGAGAAUUUUGUCUGAAAGGUUCAUUUAAGUCUAUAGCUCUACUUCCUGGAAAAAACUGCUGAUAUGAUUUGCUUUGAGUUAUUCCUUGACCAUAAGGACUACCAUGAUGAAGAGUUUGGUCCCUGUCAUCUCUUUGACACCUACAGUAAAUAGUAGUUUAUAUGAAAGGAUCCUGUAUCUGGGUGGGAUUUGCUCUCGAAAGUUAUACUCGAAAGCCGGUAUAUCGGUAACUUACCUUUACUUUGAGGAACGAAAGAGCAGAGAAUGCUUUACACAAGAUUUGCUCCCUCGCUUUAUUUCCCUUGAUACUGUUAAAGGGGCGGCUGUUUAUUGUGACUGAGAACAGCAAACAUCGCUCUUUAUGCAGAACCAUGUAAAUUUACUUUAGAACAUAUCACUUGACAAGGUCAUACAUUUUGCUUUUACUUUAUGAAAUAUGAUAACGAUGAAGGAAAAAGUGCAAAGAUUCCCAAGGAGCACUGUGCCAUCUUCAGGGAAAAUUAUAUUAACAAUUAAAUUCAAGCUAUUGCCGUGGGUUGAAAAAACACUGAAUAUUUUCUAAUUUCAUUUUUCCGUACUUAAUUUUUCAAGUUUUAUAAAUAAUAAAAUGUUGAGAAUUCCGAUAAAAAAAAAAUGAAACAAUUAAAACCAGCCAAGAUUCUAUAGAAGUCACUGGGAGGUGUUUUUUACAUUC